AUGCCCUUAAUUAGUGAAGAAGAAGAAGUAGAAGAAGUGCCAAAUCCAGUAAACAGCAGUUGUGUCCCUCACCAUAUCCCCAAUUUACCCCCGACCAAAAUCGUGAAAUACAAGGAGUGCCUGAAAAACCAUGCAGCCGCCAUGGGAGUCACCGCCACCGACGGCUGCGGCGAAUUCAUGCCCCCCGCCCCCGCCGCCGACUCGGAGUCCCUGAUCUGCUCCGCCUGCGGCUGCCACAGGAACUUCCACCGGAAAGUGGAAUUCGAACCCGGCGGCCGCUGUUAUUACGAGUACAUGGGAGGCAAUGUGGUGAUAUCCGAGCCGGACGAUCAGGGGGAGGAGCACGGCGGGGUUGGGGCGGCCAAGAAGCGGUUCCGGACCAAGUUCAGCGUGGAGCAGAAGGGGAGGAUGCUGGAAUUUGCAGAGAGAUUGGGGUGGAAAAUGCAAAAAUCGGAGGAAUCGGAGGUGCGCAGGUUUUGCGAGGAAAUCGGGGUGAAGAGAAGGGUGUUCAAGGUUUGGAUGCACAACAAUAAGCAUAAUCAUAAUGAUACGGGGAAGAAGAAGCACUCUGCUGCUUCUCAUGGCGACCAAGAGUAUGGGGACUCGUAG